GCCCGGUUCGCCCGCGAUAUUUUUUUUUUUCUUUCUUUCGUUCUUUGUUCAAUACAGCCAUGAGCGACUAUGAAGAUGAGGAAGAAGAAAUGAUCGACUAUUCCCGUCUAACCAAUAAAAAAGGUAACAAAGCACCCAAACGUGGUCUUAAAGCUACCCAAGUGCAAGAUAGCUCUGUUGAAAGAGCACGUAAUGCUUUAUUCGAAUGCAUUUCAGUUCCACCAAAGAUCCCAAAGCAAUGCAGUAAAGGUAUUUUAAAAAAAGAUGCCUACACUAGUAUAAGCGUAAACAAGGGUACCCAUUUGCGAACUAUGGGCUUCUCUCAAAAAGGCGUGGUUACCUUGUUUCCCGAAGAAGCUGCUUUUCUCGUUUCCAGGGACGCUCUUAUAGUAACCGAUGAAAAUGAUCAGCCUUUAAGUUUUAGGGAUUUCUGUGAAAUUCUUUGUGAAGAGUCAGAUGGCUGGAUAUCAUUUGACAAGUACCAAGUGUAUGCUUAUCUAAAAAGAUUGGGGUAUAUUGUAAUGAGGUCAAAGCCCACAAAUUUGGCAUUGUUAAAUGUAGAAACAAAAUUCAUAAAUGACAAUUGCAGCAUAUGGGACUUACUUGUUCAAAAACUGACACAUUGGAUCUACAAAGACAGUAUGUUACCACUAGUGUGGAACUAUAAAUACACCAACUAUCGAAAAAUAUAUUCAACUCUUCAAAUAAUCCCUUCGUCCCCUUGGUAUAAACCCUUUUACAAUAGUCUAUGUAGAAACUUUGAUUGGGACGUGUAUAAACCAAGGGCCUCGUGGAGAAAGAAAGAACCAGGUUUACCUGAUUUCCAAAUCAUUGUCAACAAUAUACGUGAUCCAAUGCCCUCAUUACACGAACAAAACCAAUUGUUUGCUCAACUUACAAACAUAUCCAACACCAAUUAUCAAUCAUUGAAAAACACAGAGCUUAAAGAACGAGGACCUACUUUCAUUAUGGCAUUGGUUGGUGAUGCAGAAGGAAUUUCAUUUAUGAGACUUAUUGGCGAUGGUCUGGCAGACAUUUAUGAAGUCACAUAUUAAACUCUUCGUGAGAUUUUUAUUUCACUGUAUAUUUUUCCCCCUUCC